AACUCUGUGUGUGUUGGAAACCAAAAACAAACCCGGUUCGGUUUUAUUUCCUGGUCGAAUAUAGUUAUAGGGUAAUUUUGUUUUAUAAUUUUGAUUUUAUAUAUUUUUCAUAUUUUCUGAAAGUAAAUAAAAAUUUCGGAUCUGGGGAAAAGAGGGAGAGAGAGAAUGAUGGGGGGUAAUCAUUCAGCGAUUCUGAUUUGGGUUUUUGUUGUUUUGCCUUUUUGAAUUUUAUAAUUAAUUUAAUGUUUCUUCGAAUCUGACCACGCCAUGAGGAAGAAGCUCGAUACUCGUUUCCCUGCUGCCCGGAUUAAAAAAAUUAUGCAAGCUGAUGAGGAUGUUGGCAAGAUAGCAUUGGCAGUGCCCGUUUUAGUUUCUAAAGCAUUAGAGUUAUUUUUACAAGACCUUUGUGACCGUACAUACGAAAUAACUCUCCAAAGAGGAGCUAAAACCAUGAAUUCAGUGCAUCUAAAACAUUGUGUACAGAGCUAUAAUGUGUUUGAUUUUCUAAGAGAAAUUGUCAGUAGAGUGCCUGACUAUGGUCAUGGUCAUUCUGAUGCUGCUGCUAGUGCUGAUGAUCGAGCCAUCACAAAGAGAAGAAAACCACCAGGUGAUGAAUGCAUUGACAGUGACGAGGAGUUGAAGAGGAGCAAGAUGCUUGAGGUAAGCCAUGGAAGCAGCAGUGGCAGGGGAAGAGGACGGGGUCGAGGGCGAGGCCGUGGACGUGGUGCUCGAACAACUGAAAGAGAGCCUGUGCAUCAUGAGACUGAAUCUGAACCCUGCACAUCUCUUCAGCAGAGCAGCAAACUGAAUGUAAACCCUGCCAUGGUGGUGGAUGAUGUUUCCGAGUCAAAGGAUUUAUUGAAGGAAAAUGUCGGUGUCCCUGAUGAAUCUGAUCCGACAGUUCGAAAUUUUGACUUGAAUGCUGAUGUGCAUGAAAAGGAGGACACAAAAGCUGCAGCGGCAGCAGCCCAAGCCUCAUCCGCUGCACCUACUUCUGAGACUAAACAUGAAGAAUAUCCAGGAUGGUCUCUUUCAGACGUCGACAAAAUGGCCAUUGACCCUCUUCAACUUGCACAGCUGAGCAAAAGGCUGGACGAGGAUGAGGAAGACUAUGAUGAAGAGGGCUAACCUUCCCUUGAUGGGUUCUCAUUACCCCAAAAUAAGCUACUAAGAUCAAAUUAUCAAUGGGAGGCACAUGGAGGAAAGUUCAAAUAAAAGUAUACAAAAGCUUUGGAUGGUGACUUAUUCAUUGGAGAUGAAAUGGCCUAUGCACUAGUGUUGAUGAGGACUUGGAAGUUCUUUUCCUAUAGCAUUUGCUAACAUCCAUUUCCAGAGGUAGCUUUUGCUGACAGUGGCAGAGAGGUUAGCCUCUGCACUUUAACUCUUUGAGCAGUGUAUGAGGAAUAUGGCACCCUUAGAUAGUGGUGGAUUGCCCUUUUUUUUUAAAAAAGAAUUUAAUGUUUGUUUUAGAAUGUGGUACAAUAUGUAAUACAGCUCACAGUUAUCUUCUGGAAGUAUUAGUUUACGGUAGGCCUUUGAUUAAUCUAACCUCUGGUGGAUUUCUGUCUCUUGGUGUUUUACCUGCUAAAAGGUUCUAGAACACGUUUCAUAUAGUACGAGGUUUACUGGUAUUUUUAGUGAAAUUGGAUGGUGCAGUGAUGCUCAAUUGAGUGA